AGCUGUGUAUCUGUUUAAGCACAGACGCCAUUAAACAAAAGGUUCCGGAGAGGGUCGAGAGCUUGAAGAGCGUGUAGUAGAGCAGGGCAGGCCUUAGCCUUAGGGGUGGGGGAGCAUUACCGGGUUAGAGAUCAAGAAAGGACGAGGCCAAAGGUACAGGAGAGGCCCUGGUUGACAGCACACGGCCAGAACAUCAACUGGGAUUGCAGAUCACAUAUCCGGGCCUAGAGCAGUGGAGCCGAUUGAGAAGCACAGGGAAGCCUUUCCUAAAGUACACUGAGCCCUGGAUAAAGCGCAGAGGGAGCCUGGACUUGGAUCGUGAGCCUGUGCGUAGCGCCAUACACCGGGGCCUGGGUUGGAUAUGAUGUUUCCUCAAAGCAGCAGCCGGCACUCGGGCUCGUCACAUAUGCCCCAGCAACUCAAAUUCACAACCUCAGAUUCAUGUGAUAGAAUUAAGGAUGAAUUCCAACUGCUGCAGGCACAAUAUCACAGUCUAAAACUGGAGUGUGAUAAGUUGGCCGGUGAGAAAUCUGAGAUGCAACGUCACUAUGUCAUGUACUAUGAGAUGUCAUAUGGACUGAACAUUGAAAUGCACAAACAGGCUGAAAUAGUAAAACGGUUACAUGGAAUAUGUGCACAGGUGUUGCCUUAUCUCUCACAGGAGCACCAGCAGCAAGUCCUGGGAGCGAUUGAACGAGCAAAGCAAGUGACUGCUCCAGAGUUGAAUUCCAUCAUCCGUCAGCAGCUUCAGGUGCAUCAACUCUCCCAACUUCAGGCUUUGGCCCUUCCACUCACUUCUUUGCCAAUGGGAUUGCAAGCACCAUCUCUGCCCAUCAGUGCAAGCAGCGGCCUUCUCUCCCUGUCAGCACUAGGCUCUCAGGGUCAUCUUCCCAAGGAGGACAAGAAUGGCCAUGACGGGGACCCGCGGCCUGAUGAUGAUGGUGACAAGUCUGAUUAAGCAAAGAGUUGGGGGCGGAUAAAGGUGCAGCGUAGCAGUGACCUUAGCACCGAAUAAGAGAGGUGCAACAAUGUGCAUUAUCCAGACAUGCUGUUGAGGAAACUGGUUUGAGAAUGCAGAGUACCGGCAGCCAAUGGGUUAAUGCACAUUAGUUUGAACACAUGUAAAUGCAUACGUAUUAUAAAUGGAGUAAACUAAAAACCUUAUUGUAAAUUAAUUGGUUAUUUGUAACAGAAAAAGCACAAGCCACUCUGAUUUUGAUUAAUUUUUUUGCCCUCCAAUAUUCGUACAUUAGUUCAGUUUAGUGACCAUACACUACAUUAAAUUGUAGCAGCUUCCUGACGCACCUCGACAAUUGGCAAGUGUGUAAAUCAUUAGCUGAACUUACUCAGCAGUGAUAAGGCUGUUGGAAAGAGGGGAUGUUAUCUCCCCAAAGUAUCUCUGUUUGCAUUUUUCCUUCAAGCUGAAACAUAUAGGGCUCACAAGGCACCAACUCAUUUUAAAGACUGCUUUAUGGCUUAAAAGCAAGGCCUGGUAACCCUUUGGCUGCCAGUCCCCAAACAACAGCUUGCAUUUAAUGUAUAUUAAAAGCUCAAAACCAAUGAGAGAAUCCUCUGAAUUUUCUCAAACAUAUCAGCAUUGCACUUGGGGUUGCCACCUGGCCGGUAAAAAUGAUGGUUGAUCCAAAUGUUAUUAAUAGGCAAAAAAAGAUAAAUAUAUAGGAAGGCCGGUAUUUUUUUUUCAGAAAAGGUGGCAACCCUAACUGCACUAGAUUUUUCACAUUAAUUGUAUUUUUUUUUUUAAUUAGACUCUGCUCUCUACCCCCCUGUGACAUGGAAUAGAUUACUAUCAGCCAGUCCCUGCUUUGCUAAAUCUUUCAUCCUGCUAUUUUGGGGAGAGGGAAAAAUGUAAAUCAUUCGCAAACUGAGUUAAUCAUUACCUGCCAGUGAUCCUCUACCAGUGUUAAGGCAGAUGGCACUCAAAGUAGCCUCUUGAGACUACCAUUGACUAAGAAAUGGAGUUGAUUAAAAGAACCAGUGCUGUCUCUUUUCAUCUUAAAAUGUUCAUACAAGUUUUGUCCACAUUCACUCAAUUAAAAAACACCAUUAAAAAAGUUAACGAAAUAAUAACAGCCCUCCAAAUAUCUUGAAGGUAGUGUUUACCAGGCAAGGUGUGUGCUCUGUACAUAGUCCUGUAGAGAUGCUCCAUUUGUUUUCCUUCUAAUUUUGUUCUUUUUGUGUCUGAUCUUUUGACCCUGUUGAUACUUUGUGUGGAGGGUGUGAACGUGCCUUUUACAAUAAAUUGUUACAAUGCCUGCUCAAAA